CCGAACGGACGUGGACCUCUCCCCAGAAUCGUUCGCUCCCGACAGUUGUGGCUUCGAUUUAGUUUCGGACUUCGCCUCGGUUUCGGCCAGAACUUCCUCUUUAACCAAAAAGCAAAAAAAAAAAACAAAAAAUAGAAAACAGAAACUGGUUUUAUGGGGAGUUGCUCCCCGAAUUCGAGGAGUGGAAAUUUCUUUGCCAUUCGGUUCUAGUGUGAGUGCGUGUGAGUGUCUACAUAUUUGAAUAACACGACGAUCAAAAUUAAACAAAACCCACAAAAGUGCUGUUAAAGCGGCGAAAGGGAGUGAACUUCUUUUCGGGGAAAACAGGCCAGCUCGGGAGGCUAAGUCAGCUGCCAGACCGAGCCUUGUUACCACCAUGCCCGGAAGAAUCACAUAAUCCUCGGCAAUGUGUCGCGGUCAUAUACAAAAAUGGAGCGUCUAAUGCACAUGUGAAACGAUCAACCGAAGGGCCAUUAAUCAGCAUCCCCAAAGUGAGUGGCAAAAAGUGUAAAAAAACAAGCAACCGGCAACUAACAAGCAAACAACAGCCAUAACAAUUUGUCAAGUACACAACCACACACCAAAACACAAAGCAGGUGAAAAUCAGAAAAGAGCGGCCAGAAACGCGCGCGUUUUAAAACGCCCCAUAUCAGCGAACAAAGGAUUAUCGCGAUGGCGCGGACCACGGAACCAACGCUCGCUGCGGUGGAGCCUGCGAAAUGAAUUUAUGCCUGUGCAGUUUUCCAUCGACUUUCGUCUUGCGCCACAACGGACUGGGGAUGAAACACCAAACACAUAAAACGGAUUUGAUAUUAAAAAAAUAUGCAGAAACAAGAAAAAAGGCGCGAGCUGCGCCUGAAGCGAUUCUGGCGCUCCCCCAAGACGACGUCCUCGGAGGACUCCACCGGCUAUGAGAGUCCAACGAGGACCAAGGCGUCCAGUGCCGGCGGCAGCAGCGAUGCCCAGCGCUUUAACCACCUGCACUACACCAGCCUCUCGCAGGGAUCGGGCACCUCGUCCUCGGCGGGCGGAGCCACUGCGUCCGGAGUGGGGCCGGCGCCCAUUGGGCCCUCCGGCAACAACAAGCCCUCCUGCUCGCUGCCACUGCUGCAGGUGUGGCCCAGCCAGCCGCUCCUGCGCCAGGAGGGCUUCGUUCAGUUGCGUCGUAACAGCGGCCCCGAGGGUCAGCGGGAUUCGCCGCGCGGCGAGGCGGAUGGCCAGUCCUUCGUGUUCCCCGCCAUCGUGGAGACGAGUGUCAGCAGUCCGGUGGCCGUGGAGGUGGCCAGCGGGAGCGGCAGUCUGGGGAGCACCAACCUGAGCCUCAACGCCAGGAGGAGCACCAACCACCUCAGCCUGUCCACGGACCGGCGGAGCUCCCUGUACUGUGAUACCCUGCACGCCGGCGACUCUGGCAUCGACUCGGUGCAGGCCUCGCCCUCGCCGAACGCCUUCAUAGCUCCGCCGGGGGUGCACAGCCUGCCGCUGGGCCAGACGGGCGGAGGCUCCUGCCACGUGUCGCCCACCAGCACGCCCACCCAGGGGUCCCCCAACCUGUCCCUGGGCCGCAGGGGCGUGCGGAACAGCAUCUGCGUGGUGCCCAGUGGCAAUGGGCGACGGAAGUCGAGCGCCCUGCUGCAUCCGGACCACGCACGGCUCUUCGCCCUGCGGAUGAAGCACGCCGCCGCCCUGGAACGGGCGCAGACCUCGCCCGAUCAGACCUCCAUCGAGGACGCCAACGAGUUCCACGACAACGGACUGGCCACCAAUCUGCGGCUGUGCUCGGCCUCCUCAUCGACGACGUCGUCGCUGACAUCCGUGGCCGCGGUCAGCCUGGGCGGCGCCGGGGGUCCGGGUGCGAACACCACCUGCGGCUCCUCCUCCGGCUCCGCCUACGCUGUGGGCGCGGCGGGCGUCCAGCAGCGCGUCUCCGAUCCCUGGCUGCAGCCGCAAUCGGAUAGGGAACGGGACUCCCGGCACGACGGCAGGCGCAGGUCCUCGACGAUGACCGCUCGCUACUCCCUGUUCGACGCCCUGGACCUGGAGUACGUGCUCUUGAGGGCCGCCGCCCGGGGUUCCGUGGGUCCCUACAGCCUCAGCGAGUCCAUACACAAGCUCACCUUCACGCAGUCUCUAGCUUUUCCGGCCCUGGCUCGCGGCCUGGCCACCAAGCGGAGGAGAUCGGCCACGCACACAAGCUCACGGCCGCUGAAUCCCCAUGAGUCCGGUCUGAAUACCUGCGCCAAGGUGGUCACCGCCGUCGUCCUGGUGGCCCUGUCCUUCAUGGUGUUCCUCAUCGUCUACAAGUUCGUGCGGACGUGAGGGUUGCUCCUGGCCCCGGCGCCAGAGCUCCCAGUCACAUAUCAGGCCAACUAUGGAGCGGAGGAGGGGUCUUCGGCGUCCUCCGUCAUCUCGUCGGCGGGCCGCAGUCUGGGGAAGCACAUGUCGGGGUUCAGGAGCAAAUUGGGUCUGCGUCAGCCCGACUUUGAGUGAUCCUUGAGGAGAACGGUGGGACAGGCAUUGAAAAACUCUGGUCAGCAACAUUUGUAGUACUUUAAUAGUUUCGAUGUUAUUGUUUCUUUUUAAGAAAGCAAAGGCGAAUUCCACUAUGCGGUUAUUCCACGGCAUUGUUCGAAUCAGACAUCAGACAGCUCUAAUUCAAUUCAAUCACGGCAUUGUUCGAAUCAGACAUCAGACAGCUCUAAUUCAAUGAGCAAAAUUGUAAAAACCGAUAGGCACUUCUGGUAUUUUUUAAUUUUUACUCUAAAGGCUUGUGAAGAAAUUACUUCCGAAGAUGAUAAAGCCUAAAGUGACCAAGCCUUCCUAUCCAAACAAACUCUAAUGAGUGAGUUGAACAAUGCCGUGGAAUAAUCGCAUUAAAAAUGUUUAAAUUGAGACAGACAAAUCUAAAAAAUAAACAUUUAUUUUUAAGUCUCAACAGCUUUUUUGUUUAAAUUUAAAUCACUUUAAAUGUGAAGGCUACGAAUUUAUCUAACUUUUUUUGAGGAUUUAACAUUUCUGAGGGCUGAUUUCACAAUGUCAUGUUUAGGUUCUACUUCGUAUCUGUCUGAGAGUGUUAAAAUGAAGUUAAAUGGUUCAGAAGGAUAAAUUGGUUUUCUUCAAGUCAUGUUCAUUUUAUGUACAACAAAUCUGUACAUGCAGUCUCUCAUCACAAGAAUCAGUGGAAAAUAGGGUUAGAAAAAGCUGAAGUUGUAACGACCGACAAACUUAACUAGAACGUUACCUCUUAUGAAGAGUUUAUAAUGAAAAAAUAUUUAAAUCAUUUCAGGGAGCUCUUUUAACAAUUACUUUAGUUUUAAUUACAACGUACAACUGAAAUCGAAACCAUUAUUGAGUACCAAAAAGUAGCUGACCGGAGCAAUUUUUGUGAUAAACUAUCAAUGAAGCAAAUUUCCACAAAAGAAAAAAAACACAUACACAAAAGUGAAACAAAAAUGUAAGUUAAUGGAAUAACAAAUUAAAGGCUUAAACAUUUAGUAAAAACAGCUUCAAGAGGCUUGCCAGAGUUUCAUCAAAUUUAUAAAAUACUUAUGGAUAUGAAUAUUUUUUUAUAAAUAUAAAAAGUCGCUGCUCGCAUUUCCUAGGCUCCUAUUUAGCGAAGAUUUUUGGAAAAAACUCGGAAUCCAGUUUCAUUGUUUGCAGUUGAAGUGCCUAACUAAUUUUUUAAAAGAAUUACAAAUUACAUUAGAAUUCUGCUUACUUUUGUUCUCUUCUUAAAAUCGAAUUUAGAAAUUGGCAGCUGCUUUAAAGCUGAACUGUUUUUGCGCUGCAGUAGUCCAACAAGAAUUUCCCAGUAGAUAAACUUUUUGAAGGGAAUAUAUAUUUAGUGGAGGGAAUUGGGAGGAUUUGUACUGACGGGCAUUUAGUUUUGCAUCCUUAAUUUUGGUUAACACUAAUACGACAAUUACAAAUCAGUCCUUGUAAGCUAGAAAUUGUUCUUACUAAGAAACUAUCAUCUACAGCAUAUGAUUCUAUACACUUUAAGUUAUUUGUUAUAAAUUAUACAGAUUUGAAUUGCCUAAUAUCAGUAUCUUUCGAAGUGUGUAAUUCUGUUUAUAAAUACAAGGGAGCUUCUAUGUCAAUUGAAAAUGCAAAAGCAAUUUCUUAUCUUAUUAUCCAUAUUAACCAAUGCUUAGCCCAUCUUUUCAAUAUUCCCCACAACCCCCAAAUUACCAUUUUAGUGUUGAAUUAUUGGCAUUAGUUUUAAGGGUCAGGAAUAUUGGCAGACGAUUAGAAGCCUACAAAUAAACGACUAAUUUGUACUGAGUGGUUAGACGACUAGUUGAUGGAAUGAUAUGAUUAAAUGGGAAUCCAGGCAUAUUAAAUUAACAUAUUUAUGGUAGCUAUAUAUAGUUAUACAAGCAAAUAGAUAUGUAUAUGUAUACAGGCAUUAUAUAUAUGUAUAUGGGUGUUUAUAAAUGUAUACCUAAGCGGCUUAAAUGUGACAAAGCACUUGCUGAAAUACCAAUACAAACUCUCUACUCUUAACUUGCUGCCUUACUUUCCUCUAGUGAAAAUAGUUGAAACGAAAACAAGAUCGAUGAACAAAGUCCCGACUAACAAAUUCUUCAUAAAUUGCUGCCUUACUUUCCUAUACGAACCAAAAAGAAAAUCGAACAAAGACCUUUUGAAAGAAUCCUCUUUAUCUCUCAGAGCUUUUUUCUAUUUCCUCUUCGAGCUUGGCCUACCAACCCAAAAAUAUGCAAAAACCAAAAACAUUUUAUAUAGAGUAAAAAAAUAUAUACUAAAUGUAAUGUUAAAUAAUUGAUAUUAAUAUUAAAGCUGGCUAAAGGAUAAACAUUUUGUUGCAUAAGUAUAAGUUAUUCCAUCCUCUCUGUUUUGCAUUAAUAAUUUUAACAUUUGUCGAUGGCAUUCAUCAAUAUUUAUGCAUAGUUUUACGACCUUCUCUUUUUCGUUACGAUUGGUGUGCAACCAACUAUGGUUAAAUAAAAAAAUGCAUAUUAAAUGUGACACAAACAGAAAUGAGAAGAAAAUGAAAAACCAACUGUAACAGUAACUGAAGCAAGUUGAAACGUGCAACAAUAAAA